CAGAGACAGAGAUUCAAUUCAGUCCACGGUGAACUCUGAGCUGUGUCUGCCCAGACUGACAGGCUUCCCAGCUCACCAGCUCAAACAUGGCCACCUCCGAACCGGCCUACGACCUCGAGAACUUUGAGUACGACACAUCAGCUGAAGCCUGCUCCCUGGAGGACGUGGUGGCCUUGGGGGCCCUCUUCCUGCCGGUGUGGUACUCACUCGUGUUCGCCGUGGGGCUGGUGGGGAACACGCUGGUGGUGCUGGCCGUGGGCUGCGGGCCGGGCAGGCGGACACGCGGCGUGACCGACGUGUACCUGCUCAACCUGGCCCUGAGCGAUCUGCUCUUCGUGGCCACGCUGCCCGUGUGGACGCACUACGUGAUCAGCCCCACGGGCCUGCCCCACGCCGCAUGCGCCCUGGUCACCACGCUCUUCUUCGUGGGCUUCUUCGCGGGGGUCUUCUUCGUGACCCUCAUCAGCGUGGAUCGCUACGUGGCCAUCGUGCGGCCAGCUGCGGCCCUGGGGGGGCGAUCAGCCUCCCACGGGGUGACCCGCAGUCUGGGGGUGUGGGGGGCCGCGCUGCUGGCCGCUGCCCCGCAGUUCAUGUUCACAGGCCGCAGCCAGGGCGAGUGCUUGGGCGUCUACCCUGCGUCCCUGCAGCUGGUGUGGCCCGUACUGCGCGCCGUGGAGACCACGCUGCUGGGCUUCGCGCUACCCGCGCUAGUACUCACCUUCUGCUCGUGUCGCAUCACGCGGGUGCUGUGCGUGGCCCGCGAUCCCCGGAAAACCCGGGCCCUCCGCCUCGUGCUGCUGGUGGUGGUGGCCUUCUUGGUCUUCUGGACUCCUUAUCAAGUGCUCCUGGUCCUGGACACGCUCAGGCUCUUUGAUUUCUUCCCUGACUGCACCGCCCGCCGCGAGCUGCGCUUGGCCCUCACCCUGGCCGAGACUCUGGCCUUCAGCCACUGCUGCCUGAACCCCAUUAUCUACACUUUCGCGGGGGACAGGUUCCGUGGCUACCUCCGCCAGCUGGCCAGAAAGUGGCUAGCGGGCUCCGAUCCACCCCAAUCCCCCAGGUCCGAGAGCAUGCCUGGGGCCUCGCACACCCUGGACACGAGUGAAGGGAACAGGUCUGUCCUGCUCUAACCCCCCCCCAUCCUCCUCCCUGGUGCCCCAGAUCUCGAACU